GAUUGUACACUACAUGAACAGGACUUGUAAGCCCCCUCCUCCCCUGUCAGACAGGAGACCCUGGUACAUGGGUAGUUGUGGUUAUUGACUGAAGGACUGCAUCAUUACUUUUAUUGAGUGCAUUUUUCUGUCUGGAAGUUCGAAAGAUUUAUCAGAAAAAUGUUUCCCGUUGAAGCGUGACCAGGAUUUAACGACGUCCCUAAACCAAUGAACAUUCUACCCUAUCGUGUCUAACCAUGAGGAUGAUGAGCCCGGAUUACUCUGUCCAUGUAGUGUGGGUGGUGUGUAUUUCAUGUGUUUGGUUACCACAUGUGGUACCAUGUCCACCUCAGUGUAACUCUUGUGCCGGAGACACAGCUAACUGCAUCCAAGCUGGUUUACGAGAUAUCCCUAAACAUUUUCCAGAGGAGGUGCAUGUUCUGGACUUUACAGGAAACCAAAUAACAGAACUCAACCGACAAAGUUUCCAGGUGCUUCCGAACGUCCAAUCAUUGAGAAUUCCAAACAAUGGUAUAAGUCGUAUCCCUGCAGAUUCAUUCGAAAAUAUUCCACAUCUUACAAUGAUUGAUCUAUCGUCCAAUUCCUUAGCCACGAUUGAGGAUGGUGCCUUUCGGGGUCUACAGGAAAUGUCGAUUAUAACCCUCACAAACAACCACCUACAACGUCUUGGACAGCCGUUUGAAGGUCUCGCCUCUCUGUCGUCAGUUUAUCUGGGAUUUAAUCAGCUGACAGAGAUCGAAGAAGACGACUUCCAGACGAAUACAAUGGUCCGUAUGUUGGAUCUAAGUAACAACCGUAUCAGCCAGAUACAUCCAAUGGCCUUCAAGAAUUUGAAACGCCUGCGUUACCUCAUCCUGAGCAAUAACGCCUUGACACACACAGUGGAGUUACAGUUCUCUAGCACCAUGCUCCAACUGGUGGAUUUCACCAAGAGUCAGCUCAAAAAGGUUCCGACUGGCAUGCCCUACUCAGUUGCCGACUUUCGUCUUGGCAACAACAUGAUAACUGAAAUCGGUGAUGCUGAUUUUACGGGGAUGAGAAAUCUGCGCCUGUUGAUGUUGGAGAAUAACAUGAUACAGAACAUCAGCUACCGAGCAUUUAAGCCUCUGGUGAAUUUAAAGGAGAUGUGGGUGAGUAACAACCGACUCUUUUUCGUUCCUCAAGGUCUCCCUAAAAAUCUUGAGACACUAUACCUCGACAACAACCAGAUCUACGAAAUACAGUCACACCUUUUCUUAAACCACACCAAACUACGGCAGGUGUCUUUUGAAAUGAACAAAAUUCAGAGGGUUUAUGCACAGUCAUUUAGAGGUCUGCAGAAUGUUGAACAGAUUAAUCUACAGUUCAAUGAAAUAGCCGAGAUCCCCGCUGGAACUUUCAGUGACCUUCCCGCCUUGACAACACUUCAGCUGUCGUACAACUCAUUGGUCAGUGUUGACCACGGAGCCUUCCCUCCACAACUCAACUCUCUGUCAAUGUCCAAUAUAGUAUCCCCUACUGUUCGCGUUACUGGCCAGUUUGUCUCUUCAUUGUCCAGUAUCAAUACACUGGACUUUAUGAAUAGCCCAGGCCUUGUGUCCAGUAUGCUAUCAGCUUUGGUCCAAUCUGGGGCCAGACUCAACAAUGUGGUGACCUUGAAUCUUCAGUACAAUGAGAUCCAAAGCCUGCCUGAAGCUCUCAAAGCAACAUUUGGUGGUGUGCAAAACCUGCUGUUGGAUGGUAACCCCUUUCACUGUGACAGGAGUCUGAUAUGGCUAAAACAAUGGAUGCUGGAAGGCAGGGUUACCUUCUUUAACUCUGAUGAGCUGGAAUGUGCCACACCACUUCAAUUAAGAGGCAGGAAAAUCAAAGAACUGCCCAACGGAUAUUUUGUGGAAGUUGUGCCGGAGACAUCCGUGGAUAGACCUGAUCAACAAUUACCAAAAGCGGUGAAUACACCGGUGGUGCAGGUAUCACGUCUGUCGUUAAAGGGUGAAAUUGUUACUGGAUCAGAAGGGGAGAGUUCGAGACGAAGGGGAGGUAACCCUGGAGGUCAGGUAUCUUCAAAUACAGACACACAAACAGUUCAACGAUUACAACAGGGACCAGCCACUGUUCCAGUAGGCUCUGGUACAAAUCCCACAGCCCGGACAAAUACACAAAAGGCCAGAAAGAAGGGAAGAAAAAGGAAGGGAAAGAAAAACAGAAAGAAUAAGAACAGAAAAAACAGGAAAGGAAAAAAGAAGCGUCGUAACCGAGGAAAGCGUCAUAACCAGCGUGCAAUACGUCGGAGGAAGUGCAGUGCUCAAACAGACGGCACCAUUAAGUGCUGCCGAGUCCUAAAGAAUGGAACUCUCCGGUGCCGGAGCAAACGACCAAAACAAAAACCAGGGUCAAAGGUAGCUCCCACAAACACUAGCUCUUAAGCUUGCAGACACAUUAUUAAGAUAUAAAUAUUAUUUUACUGUUACUCAGAUUUUUAUAUGAACUGGAAAUUAUGCUAAAAACUUUUAAGGAGUGAAUUCUCGUAUAAGCAAAAGACAACAGUACAACGCUUCACCAGGAGUUAGGGCAGUUUAUCAUAAAAUCUAUAUUGCAUACAAAUUUGUUAAAAAACAUCUAUCUUGGGUUCAGGAAUUGAUCUAACAUAGCAACUUGGAAAACUAUGUAUUCCUGAAAAAGUUGUACCAGCUGAAUUCAUGUGUCUUGACUCUGUCUUGAAUCUAAUUAAUCAAAACAUGAUCGCAAUGUUGAAUCAUAUUGACAGUAUUUUUAGCAUUGGUAAAUCUGAUUGACAAUAUUUAUGUGUCUUAAGCUUUUAUUGAGAAAGGGUUUAGCAUUUUUGAAUCUGACUCAGGUGAUGUGGUAUCCAUAUGUCUUGUUUUUUGAGUCAGGGUCUCAUUUUGCUGAUUAUGUAUUUCUUUUACUUAAACAUGUCAGCUAAUUAUUCAUCAUUUGACUAUUUAACUAAAUAACUUUUAAAAGGAAUUCUGAUUAAACUUUGUAUGAUAUUGUUUUUAUUACUCAGAUUAACUGGAUAUUUUAUUUUUACUCAGACAAUUACUGAUGAAUUGUUAAUGAUAGCUAUGAAAUAUUGUAAUAACGUUGUAUAUAUCAGAGUGAACAACACUAAAUCUCUACAUCAGAUUAAUAUGAUUAGUUCUUUACAAACAAAGAAAAAAUUGGCGUUACUACAAAGAGUUAAGUCCCUUUGAUAAUGAUAUGCAAUAUUACCAAGAGUUAAGUCCCUUGUUUUUUCACUCAUUCACCCCCUAAAGACAUAUUUGAACUCUUCCAAUUCAAAGGUUGGAAUAGUUCAUUAAGAAAUAUCAGGGGUGCAUGAGUUAAAACAUGGGAUAUUUUAAGAAAUCUGUCUAACAUACCCAGAGUACAAAACAUUUUAUUUUGCACACUGGUAAUAUGAUUGGCUGAUUUAGUGUUGUGGGCUCUACAAAUGUUUUAUAUUAUUGUUUUUAUGUAACUCAAUUAAAGAGCAAAGUUUUUUAUCAUCA